CGGAAGCAGCUGGUCUGAAGCCCACGUGUUUCGGGAGCAUGGCGGAGACGCGGAGUCAGGAUAUCGCAGAGCCGAUGGCUCCGGGAGAAGCGACGCCGAGCGGCCUCGGGCCUGCCGACCGCCAUGACCUGCUGAAGCUCAGCCGCGAGUUCCUAGACUUCUUCUGGGACAUUGCGAAGCCGCAGCAGGAGACGCGGCUUGAGGCCACGGAGAAGUUGCUGGAGUAUCUGCGCACAAGGCCGGAGGGGUCCGAGAUGAAAUACGCCCUGAAGCGCCUAAUCACCGGGCUGGGGGUCGGGCGAGAAACAGCCCGGCCCUGCUACAGUCUUGCCCUGGCACAGCUGUUACAGUCUUUCGAAGACAUCCCCUUGUGCAGCGUCCUGCAGCAGAUAGAAGAAAAAUAUGACCUGCAUCAGAUGAAGAAGGCAACGGUGAGACCUGCUCUCUUUGCAAACCUGUUUGGGGUGCUAGCCCUCUUUCAGUCAGGCCGGCUGGUGAAGGACCAGGAGGCACUGAUGAAAUCAGUGAAGCUGCUGCAAGCCCUGGCCCAGCACUACAACCACCUGCAGGAACAGCCCCAGAAGGCGUUGGUGGACAUCCUCUCUGAGGUCCCCAAGGCCACAUUACGGGAGAUCCUGCCAAAGGUCCUCAAAGCCGACUUGAAUACAGUACUCAGCUCCCCUGAGAACCUGGAGCUCUUCCUCCUGGCCCAGCAGAAGGUGCCCAUGAAGCUCAAGAAGCUGAUGGGAUCAGUCAACCUCUUCUCGGAUGAGAAUGUGCCCAGGCUGGUGGACGUGCUAAAGAUGGCUGCCACCGCCGCAAAGAAGGAGCGCAAGCUACCUGACAUUGCUCUGGCCCUGCUCCGCCUGGCACUUAAGGAAGACAAGUUCCCACGGUUCUGGAAAGAGGUUGUGGAACAAGGUCUGCUAAAGAAGCAGUUCUGGCCGGGCAGCUACCUGUGUUUUCACCUGCUGGGUGCAGCCCUGCCCCUGCUGUCCAAGGAACAGCUGCAGCUGAUGAUGCGGGGAGACUUGAUCCAGCAUUACGGAGAGCACAUAGUCACUGCUAAGCUCCCAAACAAAUCCAAGUUUGCCCCAGAGAUGGAAGAGUAUGUGGGCACCUUCCUGGAGGGAUGCCGGGAUGACCCUGAGCGGCAGCUAGCCGUGCUAGUGGCCUUCUCAUCCAUCACCAACCAAGGCCUCCCUGUUGUACCUACUUUCUGGCGGGUCGUGCGAUUCCUGAGUCCCCCUGCACUGCAGGACUAUGUAGCGUGGCUUCAGGACAUGUUUCUACAGCCCAACCUGGACUCCUUGGUUGACUUCAGCACCAACAACCAGAAGAAAGCCCAGGACGCAUCCUGCCACGUGCCUGAACGAUCUGUGUUCCGGCUGCGGAAGUGGAUCAUCCUUCGCCUGGUCAGCAUCGUGGACUGCUUGCACCUGGAGAUGGAUGAGGCCUUGACUGAGCAAGUGGCCAGGUUUUGUUUGUUCCACUCAUUCUUUGUAACAAAGAAGCCCACGUCCCAGAUCCCAGAGACUAAGCAGCAGUUGUCCUUCCCUUUGGAGAGCCAGACCCGAGAGGUUGUCAGCAGUGCAUUCUUCAGUCUGCUGCAGACCUUCGGCACACAGUUCAAGCGGACGCCAGACCAGACCCAGAGUGGGCAGCCCUGGACCUACCGCCUGGUGCAGUUGGCAGAUACGCUUUUGAACAACAGCCACUAUGUGGCCACUGUGAUCCCCUUGACUGAACAGCAGCGCCAGGCCUGGGACCAGAUGCUGCAGACUCUGAAGGAGCUGGAGGCCCACUCCUCAGAAGCCAGAGUCACUGCCUUCCAGCACCUGCUCCUCCUGGUGGGCAUCCACCUCUUCAAGUCCCCUGCAGAGAGCUGUGACCUGCUGGGUGACAUCCAGACCUGCAUCAAGAAGAGCCUGGGGGAAAAGACCCGCCGGAGCCGAUCCAAGGCCAUUAAUUCCCAGGAGCCGCCAUGGGUGGAGGUGCUAGUGGAGAUCCUGCUGGCCCUCCUAGCCCAGCCCAGUCACCUGAUGCGCCUGGUAGCCCGGAGCUUGUUUGGCCACAUCCUUCCCCACCUGACUCCACGUGCCCUGCAGCUAAUCCUGGAUGUGCUGAACCCUGAGACAAGCCAGGAUGAGGAUGACCAUGUGGUAGUCACUGACGACUCUGAUGAGAAGGAGCUGAAGAACUCAGAGGACAAGAGUGAGGACAGUGAGGAUAAUGAGAAUGCAGAGAGUGAGGAGAGCAGCGAGGAGGCAGAGAGUGACGAAGAGGAGCGUGAUGGGGAUGUGGACCAGGGCUUCCGGGAGCAGCUAAUGGCGGUACUACAGGCCGGGAAGGCACUGGGUGAAGUGGACAGCGAGGACGAGGAGGAGCUGGGGGACGAGGCCAUGAUGGCCCUGGACCAGAGCCUCGCCAGCCUGUUUGCGGAGCAGAAGCUGCGCAUCCGGGCCCGGCGUGAUGAGAAGAAGAAGCUGCAGAAGGAGAAGGCGCUGCGGCAGAGCUUCCAGACCCGGGUGCUGGACCUGAUCGAGGUGCUGGUGACCAAGCAGCCGGAGAGCGCCCUGGUCCUGGAGCUGCUCGAGCCGCUGCUGGGCAUCAUCCGGCACAGCAUGCGCAGCAGCAGCAGCUCCAAGCAAGAACAAGACCUCCUGCACAAGACGGCCCGCAUCUUCACGCACCAGCUGUGCCGUGCCCGGCGCUAUUGCCAUGACUUGGGUGACCGUGUGGAGACUCUGCACAGCCAGGUGGUACAGCUGGUGCAGCAGGCUGGCCGCCAGGCCGACUCCUCUGUCGCCCUCUACCACUUCAAUGCCUCUCUCUACCUGCUCCGGGUUUUGAAAGGCAACACCGCCGAGGAGUGUGUCCACGAGACCCAGAAGCAGCAAAAGGCCAGUGCCGCCACCAGCACCAAGCCUGAGGGCCCACAGACUGCCAGCUGCUUGGACUUGAACCUCGUGACCCCAGUCUACUCGACAGCACUGAGCUCCUUCCUGACCAAGCGCAACAGCCCACUCACUGUUCCCAUGUUCCUCAGUCUCUUCUCCCGGCACCCGGUGCUCUGUAAGAGCCUGCUCCCCAUCCUGGUACAGCACAUAGCAGGCUCAGUGCAGCCCCGCCAUCAGGCCUCCCUGCUGCUCCAGAAGACACUGUCCAUGCGGGAGCUGAGAUCGUGCUUUGAGGACUCUGAGUGGAAGCAGCUGAUUGGCCAAGUCUUGGUGAAGGUCACUGAGAACCUGCGGACGCUGGGGGAGGCACAGAGCAAGGCGGAGCACCAGAAGGCGCUAUCCUUCUUGGAGCUGCUCAACUCUGUCUUUAGGACUGUUCGAAAUGAGGAUCUGGCUUUGGACUUGACUUGGCUCCUAGAGGUGCUGCAGAGCCAGCAGCAGAACCUGCAGGACAGCCUGCAGCAGGGGGCGCACUCUGCUGGGUCCAGCCGCCUCCACGACCUCUACUGGCAGGCCAUGAAAAUCCUGGGAGUCCAGCGCCCCAAGUUGGAGAAGAAGGAUGCCAAGGGGGUCCCCAGUGCCACCCAGAGCCCCGUUAGCAUGAAGCGGAAGAAAAAGGGAUUCUUGCCAGAGACCAAGAAGCGCAAGAAACGCAAGUCAGAGGAUGGUACCCAAAAGGAGGAUGCCAAGCCUGCUGCCACCGGUGGGGCCCAGCCCGUCAGCGCAGGCAAGAAAAAGAAGAAGAGAAGCAGGACGAAGACCAAGGGCCCAGCCCAGUCUCAGGUGAAUGGGACACCUGCUGCCAAGAGGCCAGCCCCUGACACCCCCAGCCUGAGCCCUGGCACCCCUGCCAAGACCCCAGAACUGCAGGAGAAAAGCCAGAAGCCAUCCCAGGUGAAUGGAGCCACUCCCGUGUCCCCCUCAGAGUCUGCAGGCAGAAAGCAUCAGAAGGCUCUUCCCAGAAAGGGGGUCUCAGGCAAAUCACCACAGUCCACCUUGCCACAGAAAAAGGCAAGGUUGUCUCUGGCCAUCAGGAGACCCAGCCUGCACCGGGGUGGGGCCAAGAAAAAGAAAACACAACUAAAAACUCUGAGAUUCACAAUCAGCAGCUCUAAAAAAUAAAGGAGCAGUUUGGCUUCCGGAAGGAAGAGGAGGCAACACUUGGACCUGGUUCUUGUACAACAAGAAAACAUUGCUGGGACCCCCGACUGAGGCUGGGGUGGGGUGGAAGCCGGGCUGGUCUCUAGGGGACCCUGUCCCUGCCCCACCCUUUUGUCAGGCCCCUGGGGUGUCCCAGAGCUUAGUGGAUAGGUAUUCCACUAGCUUACACAUCACUGAAGCCACAGCCAGCCAGCAACUAAGCGGCAGAAAGCAUUGUCCAAGCUGGCUCUUGGGGUGUCCAACUGGCCACAAGCCCACCCCCAGACCAGAACCACCUUGAUUGCAGCAAAUGUGCAGGAAGUAUGUGAUGCGGAAGGGAUAAGCUCCUCUGGGGGUGCUGGGGCUGGUGUGUGUGCAGACAGGAGUGGAGUGAUCAAAGGCCUGGCCUGCCUUGGUCAGUGCACCAAGCAACAGCAGCCUAUGUUUGGGUGGGGUGGCCUCCCCAUGUGGGCCUCAGCCUCCACCAGGCUCAUCCCUGGGCAGGAAGCUUUGUGGAUAACUGUUUCCUCUGGCGGCUGGAGUUCUGGCUACUGCCCCAUUGAUUCUGGGAAUGAUCCCCUGGGCCCUGCCUGUAGGGAAGACAGCCCUGCCUUGGGGAGGGAGGAGAUUCCUGGCUUGAGGGUGGACAGCAAACACACUCUAGGGGCCACCGUAGCCCUGCAGAGGUGGGCCGAGAGAGAACUCCCAGAAAUCAAGCCUGGGGACAUGGGUGGUGUAUCGCUGCUGCCAGGGCCUUCACCCUGGUGAUAGCUUUUGGGGAUGGUCCCCAUCUGGGAGGCCUCCAGUCUAAAAGAACUCAAGGCAGGGAGACCAGUGUUCUCCAGAGUGACCAGCUGGGCCAGGAAGUGCCUUGUGAUGGGUGUCCAGCUCCAUUUGCCAGGUUGAGUCCAAUGUCCCCAAGGUCAGAGGCCCAGCCGAGAGUCCAUCGUCCCCGCACACCACGUUCAGUGAGCCUC